UACAUAGGCAGGCAGACAUUUUGUAAGCCUGUAAAGCCGAAUAACGCGUUUCUGCCACAUGAGCCGUGGUACUCUGUCGGAAAUUGUCGAAAUCGCAUUGACCGAACUGCUGCUCGGCUAACGAAUCGUUAUGCUUGCGGUACAACGUCAAGUUUCAUCUAGUUGAUGAUGUAGUAUUGAGGAAAGGCUUCAGCGCCGUUACGCCAGCCUGUCCGUCGGUAUAUUACAAGUCAGCCGCUGCACUCUACAGCGCAAUCGUCGGCACAAGCAUUGUUAUUUCCCUUGCGCUAGUCCUUCGUUCUUUCGGGCAUUAAUUUCAAUGAAAAUGGUGAGAAAAUUCCCAUCGUGCCGACCGCGAGUGAUAUGUGUACCACUGUGUCCCAGUAUAAUAUAAUUGUACACUUGGACGUGUCGAGUUUCCAAAUUUAUACGUGCAUGUCUAUAGUACCGCCCUCCUGCCGCAUUUCCAAACUACCUCAAAGUAUUUUCCCGCCAAGAAGUCUAUUAACCGUUUAAUCUAUCGGAAGAUUCUACCAGCUGUGGAAUACAACCGGUGUAUAUAAUCAGAUAAUUUUACAUAUAGUCAGGAUGAAGUGCGGGAUGUGCUACAAUAUUAUACAGACGUAGUUGUUGCUACUGUUAUUGAAAUUUAGUGUGUGGCUAUAAUUCGAAGGUAGUACGUUGCUGUUCAGCCAGCCCGUGCAUACACACGUAGCACCUAUAUACCUAUGUAUGGUGUGUAUCUAAUAUGGUAAUUACUAUGAACGUGAGAUUUAACAGUGAGUGAAAACUUGUGUCUCCAGCCCAUACGUGAGAUUACCGAAGUCUGGAUUACGCCGACGAAUUACGAAAAGUCAAAAUUUUACCCGUUCGACAAAAAGGUGGCCGGAUAGACAGAGAUGGCAUGAAGGAGGGCUCUGGCAACGUAACCGAGGUGUUACCAGUGGGAGGUAGCGGGGCUGUGCUGGUGCUUAGCGAACUGGAGAGCAUGGCGGCCAGGCAACAGAGGGAGAUCGCCCAGCAGAAGCGACUCUUGGAGCAGAGGGAAACUCGCCUAGCCGUGCUCCGGGGCGCACAGGAGCCAGCACAGCAGGACAGACUGGCAAGGUUGAGGCAUCGUCUAGAUCAACAACAAAGCAAGCUCAAUCGCCUCAGGCUCCUGAGGUCGCAGACGGAUCAGUCAAGAGCGAACAAUGCCACGCUCACGUCUGACCUCGACUGCAUCAGAGCGCUUUUCAAUGAGAAGGAAAAAGAACUGUCGCUAGCGGUAGCCAAAGUGGAAGAGUUGACCCGGCAACUGGAGGAAUUGAGGGGUCGACACAACAAUGGGACAGAACAUCUACCAACUCCCGCGAGCGCUGAACUCGAAAAACUGCGUAGAGAACUCAUGUACCGUAACAAAAUGAACGAACAGCAAAACCAAGUUGUAUCCCAACAAAGGUUGGCUUUGGUUCAACGCCAGGCGGAAAUGGCAUCCAUAGAUGCAAGGAUAGCACAACUCCAGGGCCGCCUCCAACGUAAAAGAGCACUGAAUCAACGAUUGAGUCAACAAUUGGGAUCAAAUCAACGCGUCAGUGUGAAUCACUCGAACUUUGCCGAUUCAAAACUUGAGUUUAUUAGCAACAAAACAAGGCCCGCAGGUAAUAUCGCUGCGAUAGAGCCAUACUCGCACAUACCCAAUGAUGAUUUUUCAUUGAACAAGAAUGAUCCGAAGUACCAAACAUUGCCGUAUAAUACAAAGUUUGCCGUCAACUUCAAAAUUGACGAUGACGUUAACAAAAACAAAAUACAACACAGCGCGAGUGCAUCGCAGAUAGGUCAAAGGUCGUUUCAGCAAUACGGACAUCAGAUUGCUCACAGUCAAUCGCAAUCUCACAUUCAAGGCCAAUCCCAGCCGCUGAUGUCACCGGCGAUCCUCAACUUUGUGCAUCCAACGAACAAUAACAUAACCAAAAACAACUUGAGCGUCGCCAGCGCGAGCAUUACUAACACUGCAUCAACCACUAUCAUUACUCCGACCUCUCUUACUGCUGCAACUGUCGCGGUCGCUUUUGGCGCCAACACCACUGGAAGUACCAAAGGUACUACCUCCACCACAAUAAGUACGCCCACUCCUGUCACCACCAUCACUACCACUACCAACAGCAACAAUAACGACACAAGUAGCAACAGCAACGUUACCACCACAAAUAAUAAUAACAGCAGUAACAGCAACAACAACACCAACAACAACAGCACCACCACCACCACCAACAACAAUAACAAAAACGAGAAUAACAGUAGCAGCGGCAGCAGCAGUAACAAUAAUAGCAACAGCAGUAUCAGCAACAACAACAAUAACAACGCCGUGUACAGUUUUGGCGAUCAACAAAACUUGAGGAUUCAUAAUCAAAAACAGCACGGUGACGGCAACUCCUCCUCCGGUACGAACAUUGUCAGCAACGUCACUCAAUCUCUUUCGCACAAUCAGAACUACAGAUCUAUGACGUUUCAUCAGAAGCCUGUAUCAAGCGUGGCACCCAGUUUCCCGGUAAAAUCGCCUAUUUAUCAGACAUCUUCGACGAAGAUUCAUCCCGUAAUGCCACAGACAUUGAGCCUGAUCGGCCACGGACAAUUACCUGCCACGCAAGCUUACAACUCAAACGGUCAAGAGCACAACUAUUUCGGUAACCAGAGACAGAACUUCGCAGCCAUUAAUCAAGCGCAUGUAUCUCAAGGUAGCGGAGUCAGCGAUAGCAUGUAUAAUAAUCAAUUACAAAGCUCGUCGAAUCUAUUGACGAACGGAACAAGUCUUACGCAAUGCUCCGCGAAUUUUCAAGCUAACUACUCCGGCCAUCCUUUCGCUCAGAGUCAGAAUCAAACUCAAAUUCACUGUCAGCAGAACCAACAACUAUCGCCAAGCACGAUUUCUAGUAAUGAUGUGCAAAACGACAACAUGAUCAAGACAGAUUCCGUAACGAAGAUUGACCAGAAUAUAGUAAAGUACGAUAAUUUACAAUCCCAGUUUGACGAGCGACGAGAAUCUAUAAAACCUUACGAACAACCGACAAGACAUGAUCAAACCCACGGUAAAUACGACCAUGCGCAAAUAAAAUAUGAGCAGCAACAAUUAAAAUUUGAUCACCCCGCAAAGUAUAAUGACAACAACCAACUCUUGGCCAAGUAUGAACAUGUACAAUCAUUGCAACAAUUCAAACAAGAACAAAGUCAAUCGAUAUUUGAUAACGCAGCUGGACAUAUGUUACUUCAGAACUCAAAGUUCGACCACCACACGGCAAAGUAUGACCACCCUACCAAAUUCGAACUUUCGGGAAAUAAAUUGCCGGAAAAAUCACACGAGCAUGAACGAUUAAAGUACGACUCUGACCGGAGGCUCGCAAGGGGGGAUGAUAAGAUCAAACCAGCUCUACCACCGAAGCCGAAUAAACCGAACCCACCGCCCAGAUUGAUUCACCACGAGAAAGUCGAAGUCAGUUCCGAUAUCGCCGAUGGAAAGGCCUUGGUUAUCGUCGGGGCGAGGGUGGAAACGGACGAAGACAUUCCUCCAAUCCCAACCUCGGAACCCCCGGAAUCACCUACGGACGGCCAGAGUCAUCAAAUAAUCAAGGCGCGACCGUUGGCGCUGAAGAAGGCUUCCCUCGCCGACCAACCCAAGCUCAGAUACUCUAAGUCAAAUGUCCACGUAUCUAUAAACAGACGUAUUGAGAUGCCCCCCGCAUUCCUAUUUCCUGAAACGGAAAUACCUGCGGACCUCAUGCAAAGUGAUCAGAUUGAAGUGCCGGAAAACAGUGGUAUUAAACGAAGACCAGAGUCCGCGGAAAAGGUGGAUCAAUUAGAACAGCCAAACAAUGAGCGACCGACGGAGGAAUGCGACAUCGUCGAUGCGUUAAACGUCCUGAAUGCCGACGAAAGACAACCGUUGCAAGCCGGAGGUGAUAAACUUGCGUCCAAGGGUACCGCGGGUAACAACAACAACGACAUGGUCGAUCGGGGCAGGACGGACGGUGACCAACAUCAAGACUGCUCCAAAGCUGACGUGAUAAGGAGGAAAAAGGGUAAUCUCAAAUCUACGACGGGAAAAGCUAACGUCUCACGGAGGGUAUCGUUUGAUCCUCUUGCGUUGCUAUUGGACGCCAGUCUCGAGGGUGAAUUGGAAUUAGUGAAGAAGACAGCGAAGGAGGUCGCAAACCCGAGCUCCGCAAAUGACGAGGGUAUAACCGCUCUCCACAAUGCAAUAUGCGCGGGACAUUUGGAGAUUGUCAAGUUUCUCGUAGAGUUCGGCUGCGACGUAAACGCGCAAGAUAGCGAUGGUUGGACACCCCUGCAUUGUGCAGCCAGCUGCAAUAAUCUGUCGAUGGUAAGAUUUCUGGUGGAGCACGGAGCAUGCAUAUUCGCUACGACGCUCUCAGACCACGAGACCGCUGCCGAAAAGUGUGAGGAAGAUGAAGAGGGUUUUGACGGCUGCUCUGAAUACUUAUACAGCGUGCAGGAGAAACUGGGCAUAAUGAACAACGGACAGGUGUAUGCGGUAUUCGAUUAUGAUGCGCAGCACAGCGACGAGCUCUCUUUAAAAAAUGGUGACUCGCUGAUUGUGGUCAGGAAAGGUGACGACAACGAGCGAGAAUGGUGGUGGAGCAAGCUCGCACACCGAGAGGGAUACGUGCCACGAAAUUUACUCGGGCUGUACGCGCGAGUCCAACCGGCGAAGAUGGACUAGAAGACAUUCACAUAAGACAUUUUUAUUAUUGUACUUGUGUACUUGGUGUCUUCGCCCAGACCCACCGUAAUAUUAAAUUGUAAUCUAUAAUUUCAAUCACCUCAGGUUUCAAACUCUAUCUGUGGUUGGUCGGUAAAUUCCGUGCCGCCAGACGCAAACGAGCGAUUCAUCUAUCCCCGUAGAGCUCUCUCAACUACUCACCAUCCUACUUGACUCACUGACAAUGAGCGUUCAGAUCAUGAGCUGCCACCCGUCGUGUCCGACACCGUUUAUCUUUCAGCAGCAGGCCCCUGAAGACCGUUUCAUACGGGGUGAGAGUCCUACCUACCCUUACAGUUUUUUUUCCAACCAAGUAUUAUUUUUUAUAGAUGUCCCACACGAAACAUUUACGCUCGACGGACGUACCAUGGACAUCCUGCAUGUAAUGGAUAUGCAGUAUCUUUAUUAGACAUCGAUUUCAACCGAAAUGAAGCACAUUAGAACUCUAUUAGAGAUUCAAAUGUCCGCUUAAUAUACAUCUAAUGGAACUCUACUAGAUAUCCACACAGAUGUCUAUUAGAGAUCUCAUGGAUUUUGUGG